GUCUCAAACUGCUGCCGAAGAAGAAGAAAGGAGGACUGUGAUCACGUGUUGUCGCUCUGAAAUGUUUUGUAAUUUUUACACAAAAAUCUUGUGUAACUUAUGCAUGUUAAGUUACGUCAACGGCGUUCCCGGUUCACACAAGAGCUGUGAAUUGGAUCCUGGUAUGUUUUGUUAAAGAAAGCUAAGAGGCUGUUAUCCAAAGAGCCCAGAGGAGUGUGUACCUGCACUGGCAGACAGGAUGUCCGCAGUACCAAAGGUGACUCUGGCCGGAGGUCUGGAGCUCUGCCGGGUCCUGAAUGGGAUGUGGCAGGUGUCCGGAGCUCACGGGGUCGUGAACAAAGCCAAAGCAGUCGAGGCCAUGCAGGCCUAUGUAGAUGCUGGUCUCACCACAUUUGACAUGGCAGACAUUUAUGGGCCUGCAGAAGAAAUAUUUGGACAGUUCAACAGCCAGCUGGAACCUUCUGGAAAUGUUGCUCCAGCUCUGCAGGGUUUGACAAAAUAUGUGCCAAGGCCAGGGGCGAUGGAGAGAAAGGUGGUGGAGAAGGCGUUGCAGCGCUCCAUGACUCGAAUGCACGUGGAAACCCUGGACUGCGUCCAGUUUCACUGGUGGGAUUAUAAAGACAAGAGGUAUCUGGAGGCCCUGGGACACCUGUCUGACCUGCAGCAGGAGGGACUCAUACGUGAACUCUCCCUCACCAACUUUGACACACGGAGAAUGGAAGAGAUCACCGACAAAGGCAUCCGGAUCUCUAGCAACCAGGUUCAGUACUCUCUGAUCGACCAGCGAGCUGCAGCGAAGAUGGAGCAGUUCUGUCUGGCCAACAACAUCCAGCUCCUCACAUACGGCACUCUCGCUGGAGGUCUGCUCUCCGAACAAUAUUUAGGGAAGGCGGAGCCCAACUCCAGGGUGGAGCUCUACACCGCCUCCCUCUCCAAGUACAAGAACAUGAUCGACGCCUGGGGCGGAUGGAGCCUCUUCCAGGACCUCCUCGUCACCUUGGAGACGGUUGCCAAAAGACACGACUGCUCAGUGGCCAGCGUGGCAACGCGUUAUGUGCUGGACCGCCCAGCUGUAGGCGGAGUCAUCGUGGGUUGCCGGCUCGGCGUCGCAGGGGCGGGGCAGCACAUCAGCGACAGCCUGCGUAGCUGCAGUUCCAACUUGAGGCUGACGGCCGAAGACCACGCCGCCAUCGAAGCGGUGACGCGGCGCUCCAGGGACCUCACGGCGCUCAUUGGAGACUGUGGAGAUGAGUACAGAAGCUGAUGGGGGAGGGGAGGACUGACGGAUAGGAUGUGACAGAUCAGUAAAGAGGAGUACAGCCACACAAGUGAAUCAAAUGUGACUCACUAUUCCAACUAAGUAUUGCUAUUUUUGUGAAUUUUAAACAUUUUUGCUCACCUUUUUUAUUCUUUAAACUACUUAAAAUGUGGUUGGGAUCACUUUAUAUGCUUACAUUAUGUAAGUUCUCCUAGAGGCCUCGUUCAGGCUUGAAUAAAGCCGCAGUGACGCACAAAUAAGAAUUGGUGUAAAAAGAGGGGGGUUUGUUUUUUUUGUCAUCAAAACUAAAGAAUCUAAAGAAAAGAAAAAUUGCUAAAUUGAUGUUUGACAUUUUGAUUCAACAUUAAAUACAGUUAUAAUUCAGUUCGAAGAAGAGAAAUCUCCUUUUGAUGGGUGUGUAAAGGUUUUAAAUUUAAAUCAAUCGUUUGUUUUUUUGUUUUCCUUCUGUUUGGUAAAACAAAGCAACCGUCCCAUAAAAAUGUUUUAAUUGUGAUUUUAUUUUAUCUUUUAUAGUGACGUUUAAGAAUAUGAAAUGCAGUAUGGCGGUUGCAUCCUGCUUGUUUUCUUUGUGUCUGAGAAAUAAGCCAUGAGGUGAGGUGUCGGGAGCAGGGCGGGGGCUCAGCCGAGUGGAAGAAAGUCGGGAACGCCGCAGCUUUAUCUGCUUAGACAGACGGGAGACGCUGCACAAAAUUUGCUUUCAUAGGAAUAUGCCGUCGGUGUAACCGGUGAAGGGCUGGGGAUGUUGUGUAGUUUUGAUAAUUUGCCUGUUAACAAAUGAUACAGGCUGGCCGUCGUCGUUUCAUGAGGCAUGUUUUAAGGUGCUUUUAUUGCAGGAAGGUGCUAAGAUAAAAUUCAGCAGGAGCAGCACCAGGCUCUCCACGUCGGCAUUGGGUUGUACAUUAUUGAAGUUUAUAUUCAAUAAUAAUAAUGUUUAAUAUAUUUAGCUCUGGGUCUCUGUAAAGCACUUAAAGACAAUUUGUAUUGUAAUAAAGGGUAUAUAAAUAAAAUGGAAGGGAAUUUAUGUGAAGGACAAACAAAACUGUGUGCGUGUUUUAACACACAGUGAAACACCAACACACAAGCGUAGAGUUUUACCUCCAUCUGUCAGCCCGUGUUACUUCUCUGUCCCUCUCACACCGACAGCUGACACACUCUGUCCACCUCAAACGCCAGACGGAUCCCCGCUGCAGCAUAGGUGUGGAGGUCAGAGGUCGGCGUGAGAUCGCGUCCCUCUCGCCAGCUGGAGUUCCACAUACAGCCCAGUGGAGGGCUGUGAAAUGCAGCAAGAACAAAAGAAAUACAGGGAUUCACGACACAUUUACCCUAAAUAGGUCAUAGGUUCAAGUGUUCAAGCUAAAUUUGAGCUCAGAUUUGUCUAAAAAUAUGGACUUGUUAAGUUUUCUUAUGAAAUUAUGUCUUUGAUUACUGUACUUGCAGCUCUCAACCCUGAAUUAAAACGCCUAACUGCAACGCCCCGCCUGACUAUGAU